CAUGACUCUUCCUGUCGUCUGUUUCCUACUGGUUGAUUUUUAUUUUUUUGGGGGUCACUAUUGCUGGAAUCUUCUUACUUAUUCAUUCUUCUUCUAUAUUUAAUCCCAUAAGAAAUAAAAGAUUUUGUAUUUUAUACUAAUUUCCUAUAAGUAAUGUCAAAAGAGAACCUUUUUUUUUUUCAUUUUCAUUUUCUUUUCUUAAAAUUCCAUACUUACAAUUCAAAGCCUGGUCUAGCUAGCCUCUCUUUCUGUUUCACUUUUACUGGAACAAAAUCUGAAGAGCUGAGCUCAGGUACUUCAUCGUUGACUAGCUACUGCUUUAAUUUCAAACCGUUAAGCUAGAAAAGAUUGAUUUGAUGUUUCCUAGGACAAAAGUCCCAUUGUAAAUCUGUACUCAAAACUGUAGCAAAUACUAGUGUUCCAAUAGUUGUAAAUUUUGUCAUCUGUUUUAAUGUGUUAAUUUUCUUUAUUCAAUGUUCAACUUACACUUCUGAUGCAAUCUAUUGCCAAAGAUCUCAACUUUUUUUUUUCUUGAUCUAGUUGCACAUGUUUCUAUGUAGCAUUUCAUUUUGCUGAGGGUUUUGUAUUCUGGGUUUUGAAAUAGACUUCUGUGGGAGAUUUAAGUGGAGGGAGUCAGUUCUGGAAAAAAUACUUUCUGGGUAAACCUUUUUGUGUUGUGGGUAUUAGUUCUUUUUAUGUAGAUGGUCAUGGAUCAUCAAACCUUGAGCGAAUUCUACGGUUCCACUUCUGUAUUGGAAUUCAGUGAUGAGAUUUAUACUGAUACUGAGAGUAAUUUUGUUGAGCAAAACUGUGCAAGUUUUGCAUUUUGGCCACCUGAUGCAACCCCCAGUGACUUAACCCCUACUUUUAGUGUGAUACCAGAAGUAGAUUUACAUGUGGACUAUGAUUUUAGUGAUGCAGUUCUCAAGUACAUCAACCAGAUGCUUAUGGAAGAAGAUAUGGAAGAGAAGGACUACAUGCUUCAGGGGUCUGAAGUACUUGAGGCUGCUGAAAAAUCAUUAUAUGAGCUUCUUGGAGAGAAGUAUCCACCUUCUCCUGAUAAUGUUCAGCCUUAUUAUGUGGCCCAAAACCAUGAAAGCUCUGAUGAAUAUUAUACUUUAAAUCACAGUGACUCUAGUUGUAGUACUAGCAAUAAAAACUUUGUGAUUCAUGGCUGGGAUUGUGAUUUGGUUCAGUAUGAAUCCUCAAUUAUUGCUCCUCUGUCCACGUCUGAGCCAUCUUAUAGCUUGUUGGAAGGCACUAGUACUAUUCCUGAAACACUUUAUGACAGUGAGUUUAUUUUGCAAUUUAAGAGAGGGUUUGAGGAAGCGAGUAAGUUUCUUCCAAAUGGCGACGGUCUUGUUAUUGAUUGGGAGAGUAAUUCAUUUCUUGUCAAAGAGCAGAAGGAGGAAAGUAAGAAUACCUUUUGUAAGGCUGAGAAGAAAGAUGGGAAUCUGUACUCCCUGGAUGGCUUGAGGGCAAAAAAUAACCCUCAUUCUGAGGAUGUGAAUUUAGAAGAAGGGAGGAGUAGCAAGCAGUCAGCAACUUCUACUGAAUCUACUGUGAGUCCGGAAAUGUUUGAUAUGGUUUUGCUACACUCUGAAGAAGAUGAUUCUGUUCUUUGUGAAGCUGUGCUGAAUGAGAAAAGCAAGAACAUACAGCCAAAUGAUCGGUCCAAAAGGUCAAUUAAUGUAAGGGCCAAUCGGAGGAAGACUGGAGGUAAAAGGGGUGUGGUGGAUUUGAGAACUCUUUUGACACUUUGUGCAGAAGCUAUUGCAGCAGAUGAUCAGAGGACAGCCACUGAGCAACUGAAGCAGAUCAGACAGCAUGCUUCUCCUGUAGGGGAUGGAAUGCAGAGAAUGGCUCACUAUUUUGCCAAUGGUCUUCAGGCACGCAUUGCUGGCUCUGGUACUCAGAUUUACAAAGUCAUUAUGACUAGGCGAACGUCAGCUGCUGAUGUACUGAAAGCUUACCAUCUGUUUUAUACUGCAUUUCCAUUUUUAAAGGUUUUUGAUUUCUUCUCAAGUAAGACAAUUAUGAAUUUAGUUGAGAACGAAACAAGACUCCACAUUGUUGAUUUUGGUAUUCUUUAUGGUUUUCAAUGGCCUUCCCUCAUACAACAGCUCUCCGCAAGGCCUGGUGGACCUCUUAAGCUUCGGAUUACUGGGAUUGAUUUUGCAGAACCAGGUUUCCGACCAGCACAGAGGGUUGAGGAGACAGGGCGCCGCUUGGCAAACUAUGCGGAGACUUUCAAUGUUCCAUUUGAGUUCAAUGGAAUAGCACAAAAGUGGGACACCAUUCAAAUUGAAGAUCUCAAACUUGACAAUAAUGAGGUGCUUGUUGUGAAUUCUAUGUAUUCGCUCAAAUACCUACUUGAUGAGACAGUAGUGGUAGAGAGUCCAAGAAAUGUUGUCUUGAAACUGAUUAGGAAGAUGAAUCCACAUGUUUUCAUACAGGGUGUUGUCAAUGCAGCCCAUGGUGUACCCUUCUUUACUUCAAGAUUUCGACAGGCUCUUUUCCACUUCUCUACUUUAUUUGAAAUGCUUGACACCUACUUGUCCCGUGAAAAUCUGGAGAGGAUGCUUCUUGAGAGUGAGUCAUUUGGGCCGCAGGCAAUGAAUGUCAUAGCUUGUGAGGGCUCAGAGAGGGUUGAGAGGCCAGAGACAUACAAACAGUGGCAGCUUCGGAAUGUGAGGGCUGGAUUUAGGCAGCUUCCUUUGAAUCAGGAGAUGAUGAACACUGCAAAGGACACGGUGAAAUCACGCUACCACAAGGAUUUUGUUAUUGAUGAAGAUAGCCAGUGUCUGCUACAGGGCUGGAAGGGACGAAAUAUUUUUGUACUCUCUUUUUGGAGGUCUGAUUGUUAAAUGCAUGAUCAUUGUUAUACACAAAGCUAAGGUUAAUUGGGGAGUGAUCUUUUGGCCACCUGCUCAUCAUCAUGCUGUGGAAGGCCUAUUCUUAUCUGCAAAGAUAUAUGUGCAUAUCAAUGCUUAAAUACUUACUGUGCUUGAAGAGACAAAAAUAUAUUCCAUUUUAAAUGUAUGUAACAUAGAUGGAAACUUUUUCAGGCAAUUGGUUAUUUGACGUAGAUAUCUAUGUAUACAAGAAAAGACUAGCUGUUUACAGUACAUAGUAACUGAACUUUCAAGGCUGCUCCUUUGCUGCAUAACUCAUGCUCUUAACAUAGGAGGUUGGCCUAAUUGCAGCUUACGUAUUUAGGUGAAGUAAUGAGACCCCAAGGAUCAAUGAUUAAGAUGUGAACCAAUAUGUU